AUGAACUCUACUAUAUAAAGUUUCUUAUAAUCAAUUUAAUAAUGAUAAAUAAACAUGUAAAUUAUUAAUCAAUAAUUAAUUUUCAGUUGAAUAAAAGCUUGAAGAACUAAAUCAUAAGUACAGUACAUUGAUUAGAGAUUUAGAUAAUUAUAAUAUCAAAAAAUUAAGUUAAAUUAUAUAGCUUCAUUUAACAAAGUAUUUAGAAGAAUCAGAUAAUAGAAAUUAUCUAUAUACAGAUUAGAAUAAUAAUAAAUUGUUUAGAUUGCAAUCUUCAAAAGUCGAUGUUUAAGAGAAAUAUAGUUCAAGGAUUUAAUUAAGUCCCUUAUUAUAAAUACUGAAAGAACUUAAAAAUAAGGCAAAUGUAAAUAAUUAGACAGAAUUGUUAUUGAAAUGUUGUUUAAUUAAUUAAAAAUAAACUUAAAUAUCCGCGUUUAACUUAUUACUUUAGGUAGAUGAAACUGAUUAGAAUGAUUUCAUUGAAGUUCUCAGAUAUUCUUUGUUACACAAUAUUAUAGAAAUCAUCAAAUUAGGGACUUAGUUAGCAAAAUAGGUUAUUAAAAUUUUGAAUGCAAUUCACUCAAGCAUAUUGAACUUUUAAUCUAUUUAAAUCAAGAUUUAUAACCUAUAAUCUUGGAGAAAUCUCAUUAGGGCAAUCAAAGUACAAAGCAAUUAAGAACUUUCUUAGAAUAUGGUAUAAAUUAUUUAAUUAUGUUAAACUGAAAAAAUGAAAGUGACGAGAUGA